GGUCGUUUCUGUCUCUUCACCGCCUCCAUCACCCGGUCCUCCUUGCCUCUUUGGUUUGAACUUCUUCCAGGCUGUUGCCUGCGCCCUCGUUUCCCCCCAUCUGGCGACGUCCUGUCAUCCUACGGCAACAACAUUGUGCGAAGGUUGUGUCGAAGGGAAGAAGGCCAUCGCAGAGUGAUGUUGACGCAUUGUGCAGUGAGCCCUACCAGUCAGAUUGCAGCAGCUUUUCAACUUACGAGAACGCGUACAGGCAUCUGCAACAGUCACUGGUCACCGCUGCCUCUUUCUUUUGUCCGGGAACGGUGGUUCGUUUAAAGGAAUUACCACUACUAGUACCUUUUUCGCGCCUGUUGCUGUUCCCAGCUGGCUGACCUCCUUUUCUUCAGGAGGUCAAUUGAAUUGGCAACCCCCCUCCYCCCCCCCYCCCCCCCCCCUCCCCCCCGGUUGGCGCAGCUUUCUCUUCCAUCUGCAGGGGUUGGCUCGAUUUUUCAGGAGGUAGUGGUGGUUUAUCUCACCUGGUGGACAUAGGCUGUGUUGAUAGGAACAGACGUUCCGCUACGCAACACUGAGAGAGCGCAGAUCAUUGCAACGGACUCUGUGUUGUUCAGCGCUAAAUGCGUCGCCAUGCUGGUUGUCUCAACUUGUGAAAAAACGCCGCAAAGCGAAUGAACUUUCAGUUGAAUUGACUGAGUUAACCACCGUCAGAAACAGCAACAACUGCGGUAGGAUUAGUCUGUCGAUAGAGAGAGUGAUAUACAACAUGGUGUCGGCCGCGGCUGUCGGUGCUGCGGCUGCUGUGGUGCGAUCUGUAGCCGGUCGGUUGACUUUGCAGCGAUGCAUCGCAGGGUCACAAAAAAUGACCACGUGUGAAUCACACUGUUCUAGUCAUUCUGUUCCUUAUCGUCGUCAGCGAGACAACCUUGGUUGCCACUGUCGUUGCCGGGCCUGGACACUGCCGUCGUCCGCAAUGGCGUUCUUGCGCACAAGGAGGACGGCAGCCAACAGUCGUAACUCUGUGGGCUGUUCCUCUGCAAAUGGCUGGUCUGCUGCUAAGAAUCAAUGUCAACAGCAAAACCAGUGGCAUACCGGCGGCAGAAGGGUUCGUUCAGGUAGUUCGAGAGAGGGGCAGGAGGGGGAAACCAUUGUGGAUGAAGCGGAGAACGAUGCCGGGGAGACGGCGGAGGAGGAUUUCCAUGUACCUGCCUGUUCUUCUCCCGAAGAAGCGGCUAGCGAAUCCGAAUGGCUCCGAGUGGCACUGCACAAGUGGCUUGACGAUGAGUACUGUCCCGAGCCGACCAAUUAUGAGAUAAGCAGAAGAUGUGCGAAUGCCUAUCUCGAAUGCCUACUGAAGGACGAGCGAGACCUCCGGGACAUUCUGAUGAGCAUGAUUUACAGCAUGGAUACGCUUAGCUUCAAGGAGAGCUUUCAUGGCCCCUUUAGUGCUGCAAAUGCUGCCGUCGAUUUAAUCGCUAAACGAAUCGAAUCGGGCAAUUUCCUGAAUGGGAAAGGACAGGGCCGCGACGCAAUGAACGCUGUCUUGGAAACAGCACAGAAGCAAGCCACUGGAACAAGCUAGAGGAGGAGCAAAUACCUGGAACCCCCCUCGAGGGCCGAAAAGCUGCGGGAAGUAGUACGAGGCGGCCAGGCAAAGAAAUUUGUACAGACUUUUUCUGGGUCGUAAACAGAGGAGCAGAGAACAGACCCCAACUACUAUCAACAACCUGCAGAGGGGAGGGUAGGUGGCCAGGGAAGGGAAGUUUUUUUCUCAGUUAUAAUCCAGUAGAGGACAAAUUGAAUGCGGACAGCACAUUUGCUGAGUACGUACGACAAGAAAGAGAGUUCAUCUGGUCUUUUUUGAAAGGUCUUGCUUUCUGCAGACUUCUUUUUUUUUUGGGGGGGGGGGGGUAAUCUGGUGUGGGCACAGGAAAGAAUCUCAAGGAAAAUUCUUUGAAAGCUCAAGUUAGUUUCACUUUGAGGAAAGUGCAUAUAUCCAAAACAAGGUUGUGACUCGUUCCCUUUGAGCAAACCUCGAGGUCGAACUUUGGAAGUCUUUUGAUGUGUAUUCAUGAUCUAGAUGUAUCCGCAGAGACAGUUGAAUUCUCACGUGCGAAAGCGCCCUCGUGCAGACCGGUUUUCGAAAGCUUCUCGCUAAACUGAGAUGCAGUCGAGCUUGUGUAGAAUCUCCAUCUGCCGUCGAUCUGUAACUGGUAUUAAGCUGUCAAUCGUAUGGCGAUCUACAGAUAUCUCAUCGAUACGACGUGUGGGACAAAAUGGGGCAGAAUAAGGAGAGGAGUCUCGAAAACGUUGCAGGAGAAAGGCCGUGUACAACGUUUGUAGAGCUAGAUUGGGUGUUUCGCUGUGUGCUGCGUGAUCCAUGUAACUUUGUCAUCAACGUAUAAAAAAGCUACCGUCUUCACCAGAAUACGACGACCGACCGGUCAUUAUAGACGACGUAUUUGAUGCAACUUUCAGUCUACGUACAGCGAUAAUGACAGGGCGUUGAGAUUGGGUGAAGACGGUAGUCGGGGAAUAUUGCUCUUGUAAAGCCAGGUUGUCGGAACGUUGGCCCAGUGAAGGAAGGUUUCAAAUAUUUGGAAUUGAAUUCCAGGUGUUUCUGUCGAUGCGUGUUCUGGUUCUGGUGUUGGUGCGAAAGCGUUGGACUUGGGGGCUGAUUUUUCACCUGAGGUGUAUUGUUGUUGGGGUGGUGUGUUCCAUCGCUGCGCCUUUGCUUGGAAGAAAUGGUUGGGGAUGGGAAAACAAAUAAAGACUGGCACCUUUC